AUGGCGACGGUGAGUUUUAUUUUAUGAAGCUUUAACAAGAAUAACAUUUUUUUUACAGCUCUUUGAAUUUGGAUUGACAAUAAUCAAUUACAAUGAGGGAAUGCAUUGUAAGAAACUAUUGAAUCAUGCGUGCAAAAACUCAGUAGUGAUUAUUAAAAAUCACGUAUACAGAAACGAAAAUAUGGUGCCUGGAAGUGUGCUGAAUCACAUUUUGAAAGAAAACGAGAUGUUUGCACUCAAACAUGAAAAAGAAAACUUGUUCAUAGUUUCAUGUAACAAAUUGGGCGAAAUUGAUGAGGAAAAUAUGAAGGAAAAUAUCGAAAUGCUUGUCAUGCAAUCAGAUGUUGUCAAGGUGAGCUACAUUCAAUAAUAAUAAUUUCAUAAAAGCAUAUUCACAUAUUCAGGUUUUCAAAGAGUCGACGUUUGAAAGUAUACCAAUAAAUUCAUUUUUUCGCCAAAGCAUAUCAGGAUUAUAUGAAGACCAAAUGUCUAGUGAUGAGAGUGAUGUGUCUUUGUUUGGAACAAGGAAUAUUUCAGAAGGAGAAGAAGAAGCCGAAGAAGCCGACAACAAUGAUGACGAUUCAGAUAGUGAGUAUUAUAUGACGAAGUUACGACAAGCUUUGGAAAAGAAAAGGAACGAGACAAAAACAAAACCAACGGAUAAGUCGGUAGGUUAAAAAAAAUACUUGACUAUAUAUUCCAAUUAUAUUCAAAACUCAAUAGAGAAAGUAACCAUAAAUUAAUUUUUACAGCCAGUAACUGAUUUGGAUUUGGACACGUAUAGAGAAGUAAUUUCUGCUGAAAUCGAUGAACAUAUAUCAUCACUGAAUUCUUUCCAAAUCGAUUUAUCUGUUCGUCGUUUAAUGCCAGCGAAGGAUAUCGAUUUUUGCCGAAUAAUCAGAAAAGUUACGAAAUCUGGAUCGUUGAAUUGUAAUGUACCGGUUGGAUAUAUUGAGUGAGUAUGAAGUGAGCUCUAGGGACUGAUGAUUGAGAUAUUUCAGAUAUGCUGUUGUUUUUAUAACAUCGGAUCAUUGUAGUAUGAAGGAGGUGAAUCAUAUGCUUGUGAAUGGUGAACUUCCAGUUGUGAUUGUCGACAAACAAACUGCUAUUUUAUAUGCACUUUCCCAGCUUGGAAAUAUCAGACUUACGCGAUAUUUUUCAACGCCAGAGAAAAUGGAGCAUUUACGCACAUUUGCGAAUUAUUUUAGUAUUGACUUUAACACAAUACGAGAACUCCCGAAAUCGACACUCGAAAAGAUUCAAACGUUUUUUUGUAAGGUAGAAUUUUUAUUUUCAACACCUAUAACAUUAUAUAGCUGAAUAACAAACAUAAUUCCAGAAUCUGUAUCCUGACUGGCUAAUGCGCAUAUCAUUUUAUUCUGGUUCAUCACAUAAAAUAAUUGCGACAUUCUUAGGAAAUUUGAAAACCACCGGGCAUAGUAUAGGACGUGCUCUUCCGCGAUCACUAAGAAGAAAUGAAACGGCUGUUUUGGAUCUGUUGGAGAAGUUUGAUUUUGAAUUAGGAAAUUUGGCCCAAUUGAAAACGGUAACGAAAAUGAAAAAAUGCAAUUUUUUAUGAACCACAUUAUUAUUUAGGAUUUGGAAACUGUUUCACCAGAUCCAAAAUCUGCAUUCAGAAAUCGGUUAGUGGAUACAACGAUUGUCAAUAAUUUUAUUCGAAACAAACCAGCUGCAAAUGUAGAGAAAUUUUCUCGAACAAUUCGUAAACGGAAAAAACCAUUCACCAAAGAUUCGUUGGAGGAGAAAUAUGAGAAAUUUUUGAAGAGACCGAAAUCAACUAUUCCAGUAUGGUGUCUGCGAAAAGCCGCAUCAACAAGUGCUAUAGCUGUAAAUUUAGAAGUAGGUUUUUAAGAAAGUUUUAUUAAAUAACAAAAAAUAAUUUAUAGGAUGUCAAUGAGUGGAUUUUGGCAAGUUUGGAGUUUCAAUUUGUAAUAAUGGUUGGAACAGUUGAUGCUGGUUUCAAAACCAACAUUUUGUUGAAAAAAGAAUCGGUUGAAACAGAUCAAGAAUAUUCAUGUACGAUUCGAAGUCGCCAAGUUUCAUUUUUGUUGUAUAACAACGGAGUACUAUCUUCAGCAAAUGAUGUAAAGAAAUUUUUAAAGGAAAAUGGAUGUGUUGUGACAAAUCUAUAUAAACAAUCUGAAAUUUUUGAGUUCUUGAGACGAUUUCCAGACACAUGCUCUGUUCACAGCCUAGAAGGUAAGAUUCCAACAAAUUUUAGGAUGUUCUAAGCUGAAAAAUAUUACAGGCCCAGUUCAAGAUAUAUUUGAUGGUUUCUUAAAAACCGGAAAUGAAGAAAAGAAGAAACAACGAGAAUUGAAAUUGAGAAAAAAAAUUACCUCGAAAAAACAUUAA